AGAUUCCCCCCCCCUCCCCUUCUUCUCCCUCCCCGAAAACGCCCAGGCGUCGCCGCAGCCAUGGAGAGCGGCCCGCACGCGGAGCCGGGUUCCGGCGCAUCCCCAGCUGUGGUAUCCAGGAUCCCCCCAGAGCCAAGACCUUCUCCAGAAGGUGACCCUUCUCCACCUCCACCACCACCACCGACAUCAACCCUGGUCCCUGACACUCCCCCAGAUACCCCUCCUGCAAUGAAGAAUGCCACUAGCCCUAAACCAGAGAGCCCUACAGAGCAGGUUGAGCCCAGACCAGCCCUGCUGCAGGAAGAAUCCCCUUCCUCAGACUCAAAGAGCAGAGGACCCACCCCACCAGCCUCAGGCCCAAGGGAUGCCAGGCCUCCUCGAAGGAGCAGCCAGCCCUCGCCAACAUCAGUGCCAGCCUCUGACAGCCCUAAACAAGAUGUCAAGAAGGCAGGAGAGAGACACAAGCUGGCAAAGGAGCGGCGAGAAGAACGGGCCAAGUACCUGGCGGCCAAGAAGGCAGUGUGGCUAGAAAAGGAGGAAAAAGCCAAGGUGCUACGAGAGAAACAGCUCCAGGAGCGCCGGCGGCGGCUGGAGGAACAACGGCUGAAAGCUGAACAACGCCGGGCAGCCCUGGAAGAGAGGCAGAGGCAGAAGCUGGAGAAAAACAAGGAGCGCUAUGAAGCAGCCAUCCAGCGGUCAGUGAAGAAGACAUGGGCUGAAAUCCGGCAGCAGCGCUGGUCCUGGGCAGGGGCCCUGCACCACAGCUCCCCAGGACGUAAGACCAGUGGGAACAGGUGCUCCGUGUCGGCAGUAAACCUGCCCAAACACGUGGACUCUAUAAUCAACAAGCGGCUCUCAAAGUCCUCUGCCACACUCUGGAACUCCCCCAGUAGAAAUCGCAGCCUGCAGCUGAGCGCGUGGGAGAGCAGCAUCGUGGACCGUCUGAUGACGCCCACCCUCUCCUUCCUGGCUCGGAGUCGCAGUGCGGUCACCUUGCCCCGAAAUGGCCGCGACCAGGCCGUGCCCGUGUGCCCGCGCUCGGCCUCCGCCAGCCCCCUGACACGCGGAGGGGGAGGGGAACGGAACGCCGUGACCCACGUGAUUGCCGACAGUGCAGCGCGUGACGCAAAGCGGCGGGCCCAACGAGGCAGCUGGGGCGUCGCCGCCAUCGCCAUCGUCCGAGAGCGGGGACUUGGUGCGCGCUGUCGGGCGGGGGCGAGGUUCGGGCCGGUUGUGCCGUUGCGAGGCUGCUGCUUCGGUCGCUACGGUGGGCCCAGCCCUCGAGGCUCUGGCCGCCUUUUCUCCGAGUAG